UAUUGUAUCAUUGAAUUUUUCCAUAUCAAUCAUAUUAUUAAUCAUUUUACAAUUUUAUAUCUGUCAUAUUGUGAGAAUUUUUUCAAAAAUUCCAUGGUUAUUCAUUGAAAUGUUUUUAUCAAUAUGGUUACUAGCGACAAUAUUUUUAUCAUCAAUGAUAACCACCUGUUUAAUAACUGGACAAACAUUAAUAAUCUUAUUGUCAUGGAUCCAAUUAAUGAUGACCACUUUUUAUUUGAUCAAUCGUUAUUAUAAACAUCGAAUGAAUAUAUCCUAUGCACAAGAUGGUGUUUCCGCGGAUAAUGAUGAUGAAAAAGAUUAUGUUUAUUCAAUCAAAUCAUAUUUCUGUCGACAUUCAUCAAAAUUACCAUCAACACCACCACAAACGCCGACACCGACACCACCAAUAGCAAAAAAUAAUGAAUAAUAUCCAUAUUAUAAUAAUGAAUGAUAACAACAUCCACAACAACAACAACAAAUUCAGACAAAUAAAAACUAAAUGGGCACUUCUGUGAAUAUAUUUAAUAUGUAAAUAAUAAUAAAUUUAUUAUAUUCAUUA